AUGUCUUUGUUUUCUCUUUUCGGAAUCUUCGGAUUCCUUGACAAACUCGUCGAAUUGCCAAUGGACAAGCCACGCGAGCGCCAAUUCGCUGCGUUAUUCGGCGACGCCGUCUGUACUUACGACGACAUGGACGGAGAAACCGGGUCGCUUUGGGAUAAUCCCAUUGCUUCCCAGGCAAUCCAGCACGCCACCGUGAAGGCGACCGUGCUCUUUGUCCUGCUCUGUCUCCUGAGCAUGGUCAUUCAGCACGCGCGUCCCUUCUGUCAAACCGUGUGGUCGUGGCUGCGUUUCGUCCUCGCUGCUCGCGUUUGGGCCGUACUUAGCCCAACUGCUCUCCACGGCGCCUACGACGCUGUCGUCGGAUGGUACUUCCCGUUCAAUCGUCCGUUCGACUCAAUCAUUCGGAUCUUCCUGUCCUUCGUCGCCUUUGUGACCGCGUACAGCCACUUCCUCCUCCCCGUCGUUUGGUACCUGUCCGGUUUUUCCGAGGGUCUAAACGCGUCGAGUUGGGAGCUGUCGCCGUACUGCUGGGAUGCGAGAGAACGUCGGCACAGGGGAUUAACGGCCAAGUCCAUCCCCGUGGAGCAUUGGUUCUGUUUGGGUGAAGAAGCCAGUCUAGAAUUGCAAGCCAGGUUCGUCGACCUGCUAGACGCGCGGAAUCAUCCAAACUUCGACGACGACAAUAUGCACCACCUCACGUGCCUUGCUGUGUUUCUUUCUCUCCUCGGUGUCUUGUCAAUUUUCCGCUGGUUUUUUCGCCAGCCCACCGUGGAGGAACAUCUAUUCUCGCAGGCGGAGCUCACCGAACGGGUGUUUUCCUACUAUGGCGUCGUUCGUAAACUUGAGGCCCGCCUGGAUAGUCGUUUAAAGGAACUGGCCCGGUACCGUGAGGCCUUGAGUGCCUCGGAGAGGCGUCUCGUAGGAGCCCUCACCGAGAAUGAGCGGUUAAAGAACGAGUUGCGAUCGGCAGAGGUCCACGAGUCAACAAUUGCGCAGCUGCACCAGAAAAUUUCUCAGCUGCGGUGUGACCGCCGAAACGCCUUGUUCGAGGUGAUGGAACUGAGGGACGAGCUGGAAAUGGGCCCACGCUACCGGAGCGAUGUGACCAAGCUGACGAAACAGCUGGCAGACACAGAGGAAAUGGCUGCCGACGCUCAGAAGAAGAGCGAGUCGCUCCGGGGUCAGCGUGAGGACGCCAACCGACAACUUGCGGCCGUCCGAUGGGAACUCACCGCCGCGAACAACGAACUUGCCGCCGCUCGGAAACUGAACGAGGACUUGCGACGAGAGGGACAAGCGCUUCUCGGUAGAUACGAGGGACUUCAGAACUCGUACAACCGCCUAUCGGAAGCCCAACGCGUUCUCGGAACGUCCGACCAGCAUCGUCUCGUGGUUACUGAACGAGACGAGGCUGUCUCACGCGCGACAACUGCCCAGGCAGAGCGUGACCAAGCCGUUUCACGCGUCAACACUCUCGAGGCUGAGCUCGCCAGUAUGAAAGCUCAGGCCCAACAGCAGCAAGUCCGACUUCAGCAAGCGUCCAACGAAUUGAGCUCCAGCGUCCAGGCUCAGCGACGACAAGCAGCCGAAGUCAACACCUUGAACGGGAGAUGCCAACAGCUGGAGCGUACCAACGGGGACCUCCAGACCGCACUGACCUUCGCCCAGAACAAGGCGAAGAACCUCGAAGUCCAGUGCGAGGAUCUCCGCGAAAAACUCGACAAGGUGUCCACCGACUUCGAGAUGAGCCAGGACACGGCCCGGCAAUUGCAAAAGGAAAACCGGGCGCUGGAGCAUCGGUUGGCCAAUAUGGAUCCGAGCGGCGGCACGCAGGCAAUCCCCAAGCGCAGGACGGGGGAGACCAACCGGAGCGAACAAGAGCGCAGUAGGGUCCAGAUCGUUUGUCAAGCUAACGAGAUCAACGACCUGAAGCGGCAGAUCGAGGCGCUCAAGGCAUCGAGGGUCGCGGAGCCGACGGACGCGGCCCUCCGGGGACAGGUAGACCAACUUCGGGAAGAGCUGGCAGCCGUGAACCGGGCGCGCUCCGACGAAGAAAUCGCCUCGCGGCGACAGGUCACCCAACUCGAGCAGGAGGUCCAACGCCUGCGGAUAGCCUUGUCAAAUGCCCGGAUGUUUGGUCAAGGACGCGGGACCGGAUCCCCGCUGCGUGGCUCGUCAUCCCCGCUUCGUGCGCCGGGAUCGCGAGGACGAGCGCGACGGGACCUGGUGCGCGGAUUCGAGGACGCUGGGGCUACAGAAGCCGCUGAGGCUGUAGCCGCGCCCGACGUCAGUAACAACUGCAGAAGCCACGAGGCUGCAGUUUAUCCCGUCGCCAACAAUACUGCGGAAGCCGCUGAGGCCGCAGUUGAUCCCGUCACCAGUAAUACUGCAGAGACCGCGGUGUUACAGUUUUUCCCGUCAUCAGAAAUCCUGCGGAAGCCGCUGAGGCCGCAGUCGAUUCCAUCGCCAGCAAUCCUGCAGAUAUGCGAGACUACAGUUUUUCCCGUUGCUAGCAAUACUGCAGAAGCCGUAAGGCUGCAGUUGAUCCCGUUGUCAGCAACAUUGCAGAAGUCGUUGAGUACUCCGACGCCAGCAACGCUGCAGAAGCCGCGAGGCUGCAGCUGA